CGUGUUGGGACGCGAGCAGGAUGGCCCUUGCGAGAGGCCGGACAGAAAACUCCUUUUCUAAUGGGCCACAGACCGCAUUCGCUAUCUGAUUUGUUAUCUGAGAUGAUUAGGAAUCAGCAGAGAGCACUGCUAUGGGACAGAAUGUGGCUAAAAUCGGCUUCCAGGGGAAAGUAUUGACUAAAAUUGCCCGGGUCCAGCGUGGUAUAACCUGUGUGAUGGUGACGAAAGCCUUCCACAUGCACGGGGUCGCCAGGAGAGGAGACACCAGAGACCCCCAGCUCUUGGGGGAGCUGGAGAGCUACUACGAGACAGUCUUCGAGAAAAUCGGCCUCGCGGAAAUCUGUCUAGACAUGUUCGAGAAGGGCCCCAAGUCCAAGUUCACCGUCAGCGUCGAGGGGAACAUCGGCAGCGGGAAGUCCACGCUGCUGCAGCAUUUCGCCAAGUUCAAUGACGUGGAGGUCCUGCAGGAGCCUGUCGAUAAGUGGAGAAAUGUGAGGGGAUAUAAUCUCCUGGACCUCAUGUACAAAGACCCAUGCCGCUGGGCCCACACCUUCCAGACGUACGUUCAGAUGACCAUGAUGGAGCUUCACCUCAAACCCACGUCAUCGCCAGUAAAGCUCAUUGAGAGAUCAUUGUUUAGUGCCAGAUACUGUUUUGUAGAAAAUCUGUUUCAAGGCGGUAAGAUGACAGAGCCAGAAUAUAAUGUGUACUGCGAAUGGUACAAUAUGAUUACACAGAAUCUCAAUGUUGAUGUAGAUCUAAUUGUGUACUUGCGAACAGACCCAAAGAAAGUCCAUGAGCGCAUCAGAAAGCGAGCUCGUUCUGAGGAACAGACGAUCCCAAUGCAGUACUUGGAGGAUUUGCAUAAAUUGCACGAAGAUUGGCUGAUCGAAAAGAAGCACCCCCUCCCUGCGCCAGUACUGAUCUUGGAUGCCAAUGAAAACCUCUGUACCAUGUACAAGAAAUUUGAAGAACAUACUUCAGAGAUCUUAUGUAAAAAACUAGUCAAGAACAAGUUGAAAGAACUUGAAGAUAUUGGAGAAGCGUUAGUAUCUUAAGUCUCGUUUACAUUUUGGUGAUUAUACAUGUUUUCAUGCCAAUAUAUAGCUAUAAACAUUUAAAGAGAGUUAUCAAUAUGUAAACUGUCAGUAAAGAGGACCACUAGCAGUCAUUUCAAGGCUACCACAUGCCAGGGAUGAUGCCUUUCAUUCCAUUUCCAUGAUCUUCUUGAGUUGCAGUAUUAACCUGUUGACACUAGAUACAUCCACUGUCCCUUGGUUUAAUUUUGUUUAUGCAUAAAUGGGUCCACAAGUAUUUAGACACCAGAGAGGGAAUUGCUAGCCUAUCUAGUCUUAUGCUGUCAUUUGAGUUUUUGAAAAAAAAUAUUGAUUUGGUUUCCUCAGUUUUUAUCAAUGUCAUUAUUAUUAUUUUUACUAUUGUUGCUUUUGUUAUUACUAUUAUUACGAUGAUGAUUCUUAUUCUGAUUUUAAUUAUUGUUAUUACUGUCACUAUUACUAUUACGUUAUUAUUAUCAUCAUCACCAGUUGCAUAGUCAUUACAAUGAUCACAACAUUGUUAACAAAUAAAAAAGUUUUCUUACCAAAAAAAUUUAAGUAUAAGGUAAAUGGAGGAGAUCAAGUAGGCUAAUAAUUAACUCUUUUUUGGCAUCAUUGGGUUAAUUAUUGCAGAGUCCACUCAGGAUUUUUAGUCUCUGUGCUAAAGGGACUAAUAUAUUUCCAGUGUAGAGUUUAUGUAAGGUUGAUAACCAUGCUCUGUUAGUUUCAUUUUACAAAAAGGUGAUGCUUAAUCAUUAUAAUGUUUUACUGUAAUACAUAUAUUUAUUUUUUGCAACACUUGCCUUUAUAUAUAGACUUUUUUACAUAUAACUUUCUAUGUUGAUGUAAGUUGGGCCUGAACUUUAAAGACUCAACUAUUUUUUUGUUACAAACAUGAGUUUAGUUGAACAUAUAACAUGAACAGUCUUAGGGUUAAACUUGUGGUGCAUUCUAGGUCCCUGUUAAAACAGGAAAGUCAUAAAGGAAAUAUAUUAUAUGUAGAAAUUAUGUAUUGUAUUGGUUUUCUGAUUCUGCCUAAAAGGAAAAAAAAAAAUCUUUAUCUUUUUAUCAUAUGAAGUAUAUUAUUUACAGCAAAAGCUGGACUUCAAUGCAUAGCAGUUUAACUUUGCAUGGGUGCAUUCCUAAAUGAAUGUUCUUUUGUACUUUCAUAAAAAUGGUGUUAAGAUACAGAUGUGUCGUAGAUUAUUAUAUAUAAUGUAAUGGAAAUGUUUCGUAGGAUAAGCAUGAGAAGGAUAUAUGGAGUAGAUUUGUAGAGAAAUAUGAAUGAACUUUUUACAUGAAAAAUAAAAAUGAUUUGAA